ACUCUUAGUAAGAAAAAGCCCAUCACCCCAACCCCCUCACUUCUGUCCCAGCGGUGCCCCCUGUAACAUCUCAGCCCCAGCCCAGCCUGGCUCACUCCUCCAAAGUAAAAAGGACUCAUGUUCUUCCAGGGCUUGGAAUUCAGCUCUGCACAGCCCUCAUCCCAACAGCCAAGGACCCUUGGAACGAUGCUGGGCUAGGGGUAGGGUGCUGAAGCAGACUGGGGCACUCCCAUCCCAACAGCCAAGAACUCCUGGGGCAGUUCAGGGGGGCCUAAAGCAAUCCGGGGUCUUCCCAGACCUGGGGACAGGGUGGGAGGCCCUCCUUACCUAAACCAGUCCCAGUGUGAGCCCCAUUCAUGGAAGAAAGGCUGUCAGUAUUUCUUUAUUGCUGGGAGUGGGGGGUGGACGGGGAAAUAAGUUCAUUUGUGGGGGGAACCCAGGAACUUAGGAUCCAGGCCAGUGGACUCUCCUCUGAGUGUGUGCCCAGCUGGUUCCACAAGAGAACAGGUGUCCAGGGCUCUUCACUGCUCUCAGGGUGGACGAAACGCCUGCCCAGCACAGCCCCAGCCACACCACAGCCUCUGCUACCACCACGUUUCCUGGCCCCUCCCCUCUCCAUCUGCUGACCAUUUCUUCCCUCCCUCAAGAGCCCACCUCUGCCAUGGGGCACUUUGGUGGCACCGUAUCUGUCAUUAGAACACUUGUCCCCCUUGCCAUUUUCCAUCUAUUUGAGGGAUUAUUUCAUUUGACAUCUGUCCCCUCACUAGACUCUGAACCUCCCAGGAGCAGGAGCUGCAUCUGGAUUUAGUCAUCACUGUAUGCCAACAUCUAGCUCUGCACCUGGGAUAGAGCAGAUGCUCAAUAAAUACUUGCUGAAUGAAUGAAUGAUGAGCACCUGAGUGUGAAUCUCUCAGUGGGGGUGGAGGUGUGCUUUGCUGGGCGUGUGUUUGGGAUUACACACCAUGGGUGUUUAUGUAUGUGAUGUGUGGAAGUGGGGUGGGUGAGUGUGCGUUUCCAGGACACAGCAGUUGUCAUUCAGUGUUGCUGCGGCCCCCUGACGUGCAGGCCCCACAGUGUGUGCCCAGGAUGAUGUCCUACGGAGAGAGGCUGGGGAGCCCGGCGGUCUCCCCACUCCCAGUCCGUGGGGGGCACGUGAUGCAUGGGCCAGCCUUUGCCUACGUGCCAAGCCCACAGGUCCUGCACAGGAUCCCAGGGACCUCCACCUAUGCCUUCCCCAGCCUGGGCCCCGUGGCCCUUGCCGAGCACAGCUGCCCCUACGGAGAGGUUCUGGAGCACCAUGAACCACUGCCUGCCAAGCUGGCCCUGGAGGAGGAGCAGCAGCCAGAGCCCGGGUUGGCCCAGAAGCUGCGUCAGGUUGGCAUGGCGCUCCUCAAGGUGCUGCUGAUGCUCACUUUCCUCUACCUCUUCGUCUGUUCCCUGGAUGUGCUCAGCUCAGCCUUCCAGCUGGCUGGAGGGAAGGUGGCUGGAGACAUCUUCAAGGACAAUGCCAUCCUGUCCAACCCAGUGGCGGGGCUGGUAGUGGGGAUCCUGGUGACUGUGCUAGUGCAGAGCUCCAGCACCUCCACGUCCAUCAUUGUCAGCAUGGUCUCCUCUGGCUUGCUAGAGGUGAGCUCUGCCAUCCCCAUCAUCAUGGGCUCCAACAUUGGCACCUCCGUCACCAACACCAUCGUGGCCCUGAUGCAGGCAGGGGACAGGACUGACUUCCGGCGGGCCUUCGCAGGGGCCACGGUGCAUGACUGCUUUAACUGGCUGUCAGUUCUGGUCCUGCUGCCGCUGGAGGCUGCCACUGGGUACUUGCACCACGUCACACGACUCGUGGUGGCCUCCUUCAACAUCCACAGCGGCCGGGAUGCCCCCGACCUGCUCAAAAUCAUCACGGAGCCCUUCACUAAACUCAUCAUCCAGCUGGACAAGUCUGUGAUUACCAGCAUCGCCACCGGGGACGAGUCCCUGAGGAACCGCAGUCUCAUCCGGAUCUGGUGCCACCCAGACCGCUCAGAGGCUCCCACCACUAUUCCCAGGGCAGAGGUCAACACCAGCCCGACCCUCAGAAAUGCCACCAUGGAGAAAUGCAACCACGUCUUCGUGGACACAGGGCUGCCUGACCUGGCUGUGGGGCUCAUCCUGAUGGCUGGCUCCCUGGUGCUCCUAUGCGCCUGCCUCAUCCUCCUCGUCAAGAUGCUCAACUCUCUCCUCAAGGGCCAGGUGGCCAAGGUCAUUCAGAAGGUUAUCAACACCGACUUCCCUGCCCCCUUCACCUGGGCCACUGGCUACUUUGCCAUGGUGGUGGGUGCCGGCAUGACCUUCGUCGUCCAGAGCAGUUCUGUGUUCACCUCAGCCAUCACCCCGCUCAUCGGCCUGGGUGUGAUCAGCAUUGAGCGGGCCUACCCCCUCACGCUGGGCUCCAACAUCGGCACCACCACCACGGCCAUCCUGGCUGCACUGGCCAGCCCCCGGGAAAAGCUGUCCAGCGCCUUCCAGAUUGCCCUCUGCCACUUCUUCUUCAACAUCUCGGGCAUCCUGCUGUGGUACCCAGUGCCCUGCACGCGCCUGCCCAUCCACAUGGCCAAGGCGCUGGGCAAACGCACCGCCAAGUACCGCUGGUUCGCCGUCCUCUACCUCCUCCUGUGCUUCCUGCUGCUGCCCUCACUGGUGUUUGGCAUCUCCAUGGCAGGCUGGCAGGCCAUGGUAGGUGUGGGCGCACCAUUUGGGGCCCUGCUGGCCUUCGUGGUGCUUGUCAGCAUGCUUCAGAGUCGCAGCCCCGGGCGCCUGCCCAAGUGGUUGCAGACGUGGGACUUCCUGCCCCGCUGGAUGCACUCCUUGCAGCCCCUGGACCACCUCAUCACCCGCGCCACCUUGUGCUGUGCCAGGCCCGAGCCCCGCUCACCCCAGCUGCCUGCCAGGGUCUUCUUGGAGGAGCUGCCCCCCACCACGCCCUCCCCCUGCCUUGCACUGCCUGCCCGACACAAUGCCACCCGCCUCUAGUAUGUGGCCCAGACUGCCGCCUGGGUCAGGGAAGGGCCUGCGCCUGGUGCCUGGGCUGGAAGGGCUAAGGUGUGUGUCUGCACUCUGGGCCUCUGCCUGUCCUUGUGCAGGUCCUCAGAGGUCUGGGCUUGUGUGACUGAGAGUUGGAGUGUGUGCACAUGUGGGCACAUUUGGGUGAGCCUGUGUCAGCCUGCACCUGUGUAGUGAUGCACCUGAGGGGGGUUGUGUGCAGGCUGCAGGGUACCUGGUAUGAUUGCGAGUCCUUUGCACCUGUGUUUGGAGGCCUGCGCUGGCUGGGCGGGAGGAGGGUGGGGCUGAGUCGGUGACCUGCUGCUGUUUGCUUGAGCACAGAUGUGGGUGCCUGAGUCACUGGCUGAAUUCUCACCCCUCCCUGCCACCUUCCUUCCUCCAUGAUACCAUCCUCCUCAUCCUCACCAGGUUUCCUGCAGCACCAUUACAACCCCUCCCCAACACUGCCUGACAACCAAAAGGAAUUAAACUCUCAUGGUACAUUUGCAAGUCUGUCUGCUCUCCAUCUAGGGGGGAAGGAGGACCACAGUUUGGGGUUCAGCAGCACUACCUCCUGCAAGCGCACCCCAACCAUGUGCCCGGCUCUGCCUUAAUGAGGCUAAUCCACGAUUCAGAUGCCCGGGAUCACCCCCAAGGCAAGAGUAAGGAGGGCUUUCUGCACCUCCAUCCCCGGACCCCACCAGACUGGCCUCCGCUGCUCUCUCUCUGCCUUCAGACUCACCUAUCUCCCUCCCUCUCUCUUUCUGGGAUAGGAUUAGUUCCCCAGAAAAAGGUGAUAGGUGGCGGCUUGUCGGGGCCACUGGGGAAGGGACGGGGAGGGUGGAGACAGCCAAGAGAGGCCAUGCCCUGGGCCCCAGCACACAGUGGGCAGGGA